AUGGCCUUGAGUCGUGGACAGGCUCUUUCCACUUAUGUCUCUGGAAUCAAGAUGUCCCCCGGGACAUCUCCUACUUCAUGGACCGCAUUCAAUGGAACCAAGUGGAACGCCUCGCAAGGGAACGCCUCGAACGGGAACCAGAGCUUCUAUGUUGGACCGCGAGGAGGUCCACUUGUCGCUGCUAUUGUUGCCCCCGGAACAAACCCGAGCGCUCUUGUCUACGACGAUAAAUUAUACUGCUUCUUUAUUGGGACAGACGGCACUGGGACUUGUUACGUGACGGUCCAGGAGGGCAAGAUUGUGGCACCUGUUUCUUUGUCGAAGCUGAACACGGGAAUGCCUUUUCAGCCUCAGACAAGUCCCAACCCACUGGUACUACUUGAAAAUUAUGCAGUGCGCUGGUUUUGGGUCGAAAAAGCCAGCCAAACACUAUGGUACUCAGAUUAUCGCACUGACGGUGGGGAUUGGAGUCCAUUGAAGAAGCUGAGCUGCGACGGAGACGUUCCUAAAUUGGCUAUCAGUACCAACAUCACUGCCGUCCAGUUUCUGAACAAGCCAUGUAUUUUUUGGAACUACGGCACAGGAAUCAGCUUCUGUGCUGGAUUUGUGUGGGAGAUUAGCGACACUACCUCGGCCAAGCCUACGCAGCUACUUCAGGAAUCGGACUGUUUUACUGUUAGUACCAGUGACAGUACACUGGUUACUCUUCUACGAUCAGAGCUUGGAAAUGGCCCGACAGCUAGAGAGUUCAUCCCCGUUUCUCCUCGGCCUGCUACGGCAACUGGGGAGAUUGCCUUCGUCUGUCCUCGGCCUGCCGAAGUGGUAUCAGACUUUACCAAGAGUGUCUACAGCAAAUUUGACGUCACUUCUUCCACGCCCCUGGCGACCAAGAUCUCGAUCACAACAACGCUGCUCGCCAAUGCAUUUAAGCUGCCUUAUAUAAUUAUCCUUAAGUUUCAGCAGCAGAAGGCAACUUUGCGAUUUUAUCGUUAUAGGCAAUCAUUACUCCGCUUCCUCUGCGACGACUGA